AUGAAAAUAAUAAUAUUAAUCACAUUUUUGUUAUAUUUAACAAAUCUAACAAUCUCACAAAAGGCUGGUAAAUUGAGUCCAGAAGUUCACCCACCUAUUACUUGGCAACAAUGUGAUGCCAAUGGACAAUGUAAUACAGUACAGGGAGAGAUUGUAAUCGAUGCUAAUUGGCGAUGGGUUCAUUCCGACCAAGGUACCAACUGCUACACUGGCAACACAUGGAAUCCAACCAUUUGCCCCGACGACAUAUCGUGUGCCCAAAACUGUUCCCUGGAAGGUGCCAACUAUGAGAGUGUCUAUGGUGUCACCACCAACCAAGAUUCUGUCCGUCUCGACUUUAUCACCCAGAGUCAAGGCAAGAACAUCGGGUCACGUCUCUUCCUCAUGGCCAAUGAAACCAACUACCAACUAUUCCAACUACUCAACCAAGAGUUUAGCUUUGAUGUCGAUGUCAGCAAGUUGGAUUGUGGUCUAAACGGUGCUCUCUAUCUCGUCUCUAUGGACCAAGAUGGAGGUAUGACUCGUUUCCCCUCCAACUCUGCCGGUGCCAAAUAUGGUACUGGUUAUUGUGAUGCUCAAUGUCCAAGAGACCUUAAAUUCAUUUCUGGUCAAGCAAAUAGUGAAGGAUGGGUACCAUCACCAAAUAAUCCAAAUACUGGAGCUGGUAAACAUGGUAGUUGUUGUGCAGAGAUGGAUUUAUGGGAAGCCAACAAUAUGGCCAAUGCUUUGACACCACAUCCAUGUGACACAUCGAGCCAGAGCAUGUGUGAGGAAGAUGACUGUGGAGGUAGUGCAUCAUCCAACAGAUAUGCAUCGAUUUGUGAUCCAGAUGGUUGUGAUUUCAAUCCAUACCGUAUGGGUAACAAGACAUUCUUUGGUCCAGGUCUAGAUGUAGACACCAAAUCUGUUUUCACAGUCGUCACUCAGUUUGUUACAGAUGAUGGUACCGAGACGGGAACACUAUCGGCAAUCAAGAGAUUGUAUGUCCAAAAUGGUCAAGUUAUCAGUCAAUCGGUAUCAACCAUUCCAGGUGUCACUGGCAACGAGAUUACAACUGACUUUUGUACCACCCAAAAGGAUGUGUUUGGUGACCCAGACUCUUUCUCCAAGCACGGUGGUCUUGCAGGCAUGGGCAAAGCACUCAAGCAAGGUAUGGUUCUCGUACUUUCUCUUUGGGAUGACUAUUUCUCUGACAUGUUGUGGCUUGAUAGUUCGUUCCCCGUCACUGCCUCUAUCGACAAACCAGGUGUUUCUCGUGGCCCUUGUUCAACCACUUCUGGUGUCCCAACAACCGUUGAAUCCACCGAUGCAGAUGCCUAUGUCAUCUAUUCAAAUAUUAAAGUUGGUCCAAUUAAUUCUACUUUUAAGAACAAAUCAACAAAGUAA